AUUUGUAGCAAUUUGAAAUUCAAAACAAAGAGGGGGAAACCUUCUCUGUCUGCUUUACGCUCCCCUUUCUCUUUCACUUUCCUUAAGAUCUGCCAAAUCAAUCAACAAGAUUCAUCAUCAAUGGAGAAAUACGAGAAGUUGGAGAAGGUAGGUGAAGGAACCUAUGGAAAAGUGUACAAAGCAAAGGACAAGGCUACCGGACAACUGGUGGCUUUGAAGAAGACUCGACUGGAAAUGGAUGAAGAAGGGAUACCGCCUACUGCUCUCAGAGAGAUCUCACUUCUUCAGAUGCUGUCUCAUUCUCUCUACAUCGUCCGUUUGCUUUGUGUUGAGCACAUUGACAAAAAUGGGAAACCGAUUCUUUAUCUUGUUUUUGAGUAUUUGGAUACUGAUCUUAAGAAAUUCAUUGAUUCUCAUCGGAAAGGACCUAAUGCUAGGGCUCUUCCUACUGCCCUCAUCCAGAGUUUCUUGUAUCAGUUGUGCAAAGGGGUUGCUCACUGCCAUAGCCAUGGAGUUCUCCACAGAGAUUUGAAGCCGCAGAAUCUUCUAGUGGAUAAAGAGAAGGGAAUACUUAAGAUUGCUGAUCUGGGUCUUGGAAGGGCGUUUACUGUUCCUAUGAAGAGCUACACCCAUGAGAUUGUUACUCUAUGGUACAGAGCUCCUGAAGUUUUGUUGGGAUCUACUCAUUACUCAACUGCUGUUGAUAUGUGGUCUGUGGGAUGUAUUUUUGCCGAGAUGGUUCGAAGGCAAGCCUUGUUUCCUGGUGACUCUGAGUUUCAGCAAUUGCUUCACAUAUUCAGGUUGUUAGGAACUCCAACUGAUAAGCAGUGGCCUGGAGUCAGUUCACUCCGCGACUGGCAUGUUUAUCCACAAUGGGAACCUCAGAACUUAGCCUCUGCUGUUCCUGCUUUGGGACCUGAUGGUGUGGACCUCCUAACGAAAAUGCUCAAAUUUGAUCCGGCAGAUAGGAUUUCUGCAAAAGCUGCACUUGAACAUCCAUACUUUGACAGCUUGGACAAGUCUCAAUUCUGAGGAUGCUUCUACUCCUGCAGAUCACCUAUAAUGAUCACUUGCAUCACUUGUUUUAGUACGUUCUCAGUCCUUUACGAGGAUAUCAUCGUCUUGGUGAUUUGAAAUUUGCCAUGUUAAUCUUGUCACUUUUAUGUUUCUCUGUAUUGUUCUCUUCUAAUGUAUUUCUAAAAGAUCAGCUGUAAGAAGGCCUGUUUUACGGCCAAGUUUAAUGUAGUUAUUACAAUGUUUUGAGGAAAAAAAAAAAGGUUUAUGUU